AGCCCGGACUUUUUCCCCCGUCGUAGGAUCUCUACGCAUGGGUGGACACCACGUCGUCCCUUGUAACAUCAACCACGUCUUCAAAGGCAUGCCUCAUGUCGCUUUAGCGAGAAAACCUGUAGCUUUAAAUGUCGCUCUGGAGAAAAGACACCUCCAUCACUGCCUACUGGAUGCCACCGAGUGAUAUUCAAACGCAGGAUGAAGUAACAGCUAAAUAAACGACACAGUGGAAUAAUAUUUCUGACGCGAAGCAAGUGUUUCAACGUCCAGGUAGGACUUAGAGAACACCAGCCACGUUAUGCACGAUGCAAGCCUCGCUAUGGGAUGAAGCGCUGUGAGAGGUCAAUAGCUGUCUCCAACUGCGACCUGACACUAAGAUGAUAACCAUAAUCGUAUUGUUCGACUGCAUAAGGAUGUCCAGGUAUUUGUACUUUGACACUGUAUCAGCCAUUCAACAGGUGCACGAUGACAGACUGAAUCACGAUCGGGAACGGAGAGUAUGUCGCAAGCAAUUCAGGGAGGACUUGGGCCAAUAUUCUUAGUGAGUUGGUGAUCAAGUGUUGAACCUGUUCAGGACAAUGGCGAUCUGGCGCAAAUAUGGUAUAUCAACAGCUAAAAAGGCGUGGCUCUUCGUCGCCAUCUACACAAUAAUAGUGCUUACAGUCUUCCUAACAAUACCAACAGAUAAUUACUUAUAUUUUGCUCUUGGUGGAAAACAAACGCUGCAAGGUAUUAAGAACGAUUCCACUGGAGUGUCGACUGAAAAUGUAACCAAAGCCGACAAGUUCUUGGCUUUGGGAAGAGACAGCUCCCUAACGAUGGGUGACGCUACAACGCCAUAUAGCAGUGGAACAUCCAGCGUAACUGCAACAACCAUAGCAGCAGCAGCAUCAACUCUUACACCAGGCACAUACAGCGGUGGAGCAUCCAACGUAACUGCAACAGCAGCAGUAGCAGCAGCAGCAACUCUUACAGCAAACCCAUACAGUGGUGGAACUUCUGAAUCACCGGAACCAAAGUGCAAAGGCCCGGAUCGUGACCUCAUCCACAAUAACAACAUGUUCCUGUGCUGUAUGCCAUUGGGUGGUCUCGGGAACCACAUGUUCGUAUACGCCUCGUGUUAUGGGUUCGCAGCCUAUUACAACCGGACGUUGGCGUUCCCUAAAUCCAGCAUGCUGACGAAGUACUUCAAGCUCAAGGCCCACCUCAUACAAGACUAUUGUGCAUGUGACUCCGCCACGUUUCAUCUCGAGAAGAUAAACUGUGGCGAGGAUUCAAAGCUUUGGAAUUUAUCCACGAAAGGAAAUAUUAAGAUUGGGUAUUAUCUACAGUCAUGGAAAUACUUCGGGAAUGUAAUAGAGGAUAUUAGGCGACAGUUUACUUUUUCUGAAACGACACUUGCUAAGGCUAGAGACAUCAUUAGCAAACUAGCAUCUGAACACCAACAACGUACAAAGAGGUUAUAUAGGGUAAAACCCGUUUUAGUUGGGAUACAUGUACGACGAGGAGACAUUGAUUCAGAGGAACGUUUGGUGAAAUUCGGCUAUGAACUAGCAACACCUGCGUUCUUCUCUCACGCCAUGGAGUACUUUCGGAAGAAGUACGUGAAUGUCUUGUUUGUUGUGUGUUCUUUAGAAAUGCGUUGGACAAAGUGGUACGUGGCCGGUGACGACAUCAUCUAUGUGGAAGGCAACGACUUCGUCAUGGAUUUGGCUGUCUUAAUUAGCUGUGAUCACACCCUCACUUCUGUGGGAACGUAUAGUUGGUGGGCCGGUUUUAUGAGUCGUGGGGAAACUGUUUACUAUAAAUGGCCUGCUAGAGAGGGUUCAAGCCUGAGGAAGCAAUUCUCAGCAAAUUAUACUGAUUAUUUCCUGCCAGAAUGGGUUGGUUUGAAAUAGGAUUAGAUACACUGUAAAUAAAAGUGUGUGAGUGAAUAGAGGGUUCAAGCUUGAGGAAACCAGUCUUUACGAAUUCUACUGAUUAUUUCCUGUCAGAAUGGAUUGGUUUGAAAUAGGAUUGGAUACACUGUAAAUAAAGUGUGUUAGUAAAAAGAGGGUUCAAGUUUGAGGAAACCAGUCUUUACGAAUUCUACUGAUUAUUUUCUUCCCCACUUGAUUAGUUAGAAAUAGGACCGGAUACACUGUGAACGUUAAGCGUGUGCGUGAGUUUGGUUUCACGUACUAUUCCAGUCAUUUUACGGCGGGGAUACCAAGAAUACCCAUGUUAGAAUCGAACCCGACGUAACGAGCGACUACUUCAACCGCUAGGCUACCUCCUCGUCGUCCAUAAGCAUGUCCUUCUGAUGAAGGUUCAUCGAAUAUUUGUUUUUUUUUAUUCAUGAUUAAUCCAAUUUAUGAAAAAAAGAAAUUAUAUGAAAAUGUAUUUGAACGAGUUUUGGUCUCAAAAGCUAGUAAUGGCUGGAAAAAGUUUUUAUAAUAUAUUAUAUAAUAUAUAUUGGUUCAUUUUCAAUGAACACUUUGUGACACGUUACAAAACUAUAUCUUUUCCUCGUAUCUUAUACUAGAGAGGAACUAAAAUUGUUGCUCUGAUAUCUGUCUGUGCAGUGACCUCGUAAAUGCUGUUUAAAGCAACAGUCAACAAUACUCGCGUUAUGUCAUGGCGGCCUGUAAAUAAUCGAGACUGGACCAGAGAAAUCAGGAGUUGUCGUCCUUGUUGUAUUUCAGUGACGUCUUUGCGUGUCAGCAACAUAUAGGAAGCGAAACCUGAAUAAAUCGUUCACAGGAUAAACUGAA